GCACAGCGAGCACUCCUAGUUACAAUAAAUCGUCUCGUAACGUGCAAUUGAAGGGGUCCCCUUCUCCGACAGCGAUGACCACAACCUUGGUUUGAAGUGAGCGGAGGGGGGAGCACGUGGUAACUUCAGUCCAGUAUAAAUCUCCUACAAGCGGCCACUGCUGUCCGCUUGGCACGCGUAAAGGACGAGCUAUUCCCCUACUAGAUGGGGUGAGGGAAGACGCGUGAAAGCGCUCCACAGUACCGAAGGCUUUUUUUUAUUACUGAGCUGCUUCUAAAGGCAGAGCCUGUCACCGCUUUAACCACUCUGUGCGGAUUCGCGAUUUCGCCUCGACGUGUCAGCCAGACUCCGCACCUUGCGUCCCCGCUGAUCGGCAGGACCGCGUCCGAGUUUUGGUGUGUGUAAAACAACUUUUUGUCCGUAGAGUAAAGCGAUGACUUGCACAUCGAGCCGCUGAAGUUUGAAAGAUAGAGACGUCGGGCCCGGGCUCGUGGAGGCUAAGGUGCGGUUAGGAAAGCUCCGAUCCGAGCGCUCUGAUGCGGUGGAGGUGUGCUCAGUCCCGCAGGCUACACGGCUGUGCGUCCCGCUGACUCUGCGCCCUCAGCUGUUUUUCACUCUUGUUUUCGUCCAUGAAUUUCAGACCCGUUUGAUGUCGCGUCCACCUCUGGCAACAUUCAGCGGCACCUUUACGCACUCUAUCUGUCAGCCGGGAAUAGAUCCGUGGGAGCCCUUCCGACCAAGUAACGGGUACCUUUUUGUUUCGGGACUGUUGAAUGGAUUUUCAGGUACACUUUGCUAAAAAAAACUGGGUAAUUAAAAGAUUUUAAAUAACUCUUUUGGCGUCUUGACCCGUGUGCGUAAAUGCUCUCCACUUUGAUUUUUGUUUGAGAAAUGCGUCUUCCUGGCGAGAUUUAAAGAGUGAAUAUUUCCUGAAUCUGUUUUUUAUUUGAGAUUUGAAUACUGUGGAGGACAAGAUGAACCUGUGUAUUGUCAGUCUCCUCCUAACUUUGGAUUUAGCCACCGUGGCGCUCAGUUUGUCCACAUGCAGCACGCUGGACAUGGAUCAGUUCAAGAAGAAACGCAUCGAGGCGAUCCGGGGGCAGAUCCUGAGCAAACUGAAGCUCACCACCCCCCCGGAGGAUUUUCCUGAGCCCGAGGAGGUGUCCCGGGACAUUGUCGCUAUUUACAACAGCACCCGGGACCUGCUGCAGGAGAAGGCGAACGAACGGGCGGCGACGUGUGAGCGGCAGCGGAGCGAGGAGGAGUAUUACGCCAAGGAGGUGCACAAGAUCGACAUGCAGCCCUUCUAUCCGUCAGAGAAUGUCAUCUCUCCUACACACUUCAACCCUUACUUCAGGCGGCUGACAUUUGAUGUGUCCUCCAUGGAGAAGAACGCCUCCAACCUGGUAAAGGCUGAGCUCAGGAUCUUCCGUCUUCCAAACCAUGGUGCCCGAGUGUCUGAGCAGCGCAUCGAGCUCUACCAGAUUUUAGGGCACAAAGACCUGACAUCCCCAACACAGCGAUAUAUUGACAGCAAGGUGGUUCGAACACAAACAGAGGGAGAGUGGCUGUCCUUCGACGUGACAGAGGCAGUGAGUGAAUGGCUGAACCACAGAGACAGAAACAGUGGAUUCAAGAUCAGCCUGCACUGCCCAUGCUGCACAUUUGUACCAUCAAAUAACUACAUUAUUCCCAACAAGAGUGAGGAGCUGGAGGCACGGUUUGCAGGUAUUGAUGACAGUUUUAUCCAUGGCGGUGAUCUAAAGGUGUUUAAGAGGCGGCGGCACAGCGCACGAGCUCCACACCUUCUCCUCAUGCUGCUGCCUUCAUACCGUCUAGAGUCCCAGUCCCAGUCCCAAGCCCCACCCCAGUCCCAGCACAAGAACCAUCGAUCUAAGAGAGCCCUGGAUGCUGCCUACUGCUCCAGAAACGUUCAGGACAACUGCUGUUUACGGUCACUCUACAUCGAUUUUAAGAAGGACCUGGGCUGGAGGUGGAUCCAUGAGCCAAAGGGCUAUGAGGCCAACUUCUGUGCUGGGGCUUGUCCAUAUCUGUGGAGCGCCGACACCCAGCAUUCCAAGGUGUUAGGCCUAUAUAACACUAUCAACCCUGAAGCAUCAGCAUCACCUUGCUGUGUCUCCCAGGAUCUGGAGCCCCUUACCAUCCUUUACUACAUCGGCAAGACCCCCAAAAUAGAGCAGCUCUCAAAUAUGAAGGUCAAGUCCUGCAAGUGCAGUUAGAACCCCUUUGCAAGCCAGCACAAACACACUCUCUCUUUUUCGUUCACAAACACAUGCACACACAUACAAUGGAUCUGGGCAUGCAUAGAAUCAAACUGCAAUUUUCUCUUACAUGCACUAUUAUACUCAAAGCAGUGUUUCCACACAGGGCGUACUUCAGAGAGAUGCAUUGGAGAAUAUAGGUACAGUACAAUUCAUUGCUAGUUCAUUUCAUACACAACAUACAGGACCAGUGUCGUCAUGACAUCAAAAAUCUGACUUUGAUACCAAUGCUAAGCACCAGCAGUACAGUGUUUCAUUGCAUAUAUAAUAUAUCUUUUAAUAUAUAUUAAACCAUCUUCUCCUGGAGGAAAGUCAGUGUACUUAUUGAUGCUGCUAAGGUCUGAGUGACAAUGCUCUUAUGUGGCCAAAUAAAUCAAAUAAAAGGCAGCAAAGAGGAAUAAUGCCCCCACACUUCAGGAUUAUGUUUUAGCAACUGAACUGAGCAACAGUAUAUUUCCACAUUUGACAUAGGAACCUUUUCAGUAUGUAUACCAACAGGCUUUAGACCUAGUUCAUGAUGUGAUGAAAUGAUUGAUUACAAAGUGUGAUGAAGCUGCCAUCAGAUGCAGUACUGCCAAUGGAGGAUACUAGAUAGUACUUUCAAAAAUAUGUGACUGAACUUUUAAAUUUGACAGUAUUAGCUUGUUUCAGAUACAUUGAUAACAGUCUCAUCGUCAAUGAAAAAAGCUUCGUAAAAUGUUCUGGUCACAAUUUUUUGGUUAGCUUUUGUCUUAAUAGUUGCUUUGGCGACAUCCCUGGUGAUUGUUUCUGUUCCCCGUUUGCAUACCAGUGCUGACUGCUUAAAUGUUUGUAAAAUGACCUUUAGCAGUGGUAUCAAAGUCAUGCCAAAAUUUGGAUUAUUGUGAUCCCAUUGCACAGGACCCAUACUAUAUUCUACACAUACACACAAACAUACACAUACAUUGACAUUGGCUUUUGUAUGCCAUUUUUUUGCAUUUUGAAGGCCCUGUCAACAUGCAUCACCUCACACACUUGUCACACCGAGACACGAGAGUAAGGCAAACACUGGAAGUAUAAGUGAUAAGUGUCUAUAUGUGAAAUAAGUCCUAAAAAUAACUCAGGCCCCACGCCUGACACCUACCCACCACGUUACUCCCCUCUCCUCCACCUCACCCACCUCACACCAACACUUUUGUCACAGUCACACCACACUAUGUCCUCAUUUCUGUGUCUGUCUUUGUUUGGUAUCUUUUGGGAUUCUAACAGUAUUUCCAUUGUUUUGCUGUUUCUGCUUAUGGUUUAGCAUCCUGCAAAUUUUGACCCAGGUAGAAUGGUGGAUAGUAUCAAUCUUGCACUGAUGAUAUAUAAUAUCUACUCCAUUACUUAUAGUUUACAGAUUUUGGAAAAUUGUUACAUCACAUGGGGGCACCUCAAAUGAUAAUUCUGGUUUAUUAUAUCAAUUGUCUUAUAUCUGUAGUAAGCCAUAAAUACUAUUCACUAUUGGAAAGCAAUAAAACCUGAAUUUAUUGGUUGCAGAGUCAAGAAAUUCUCAUUCACAAUGACAUUUGUGAUAACAUACUGACUAAAAAGCCAACCUUGGAACAUUAAUUGCUUAGCAGUAUGUUAUGUCCUUCUAUGUUUUUAGCAGCUUUUAACAAACUGACUCAUAAGCCUGCAUCAAUGUCCAUUUUUUAGACAGCAGCAGUUCCAAGAGCUGAAGAGAUGACAUUAGAGGAGAGUGCAGGUGGAUAUCAUGGAUAAGGGACUGAGAGCUGUUUUAAAAUUGGUGAACUUUUUUUAAAGUCAUGAAGGGAUAUAAUUUAAAUAGGAAGUGUUCUAGCUGUUCUAGCAGUUACUCAUUUAUAUUAGAAUAUAGAUUAGGCUAUAGGUAUAGAGACAGUUUUGGAAAGGCAGAUGAGAGAGUUGCUUUACAGAAGCAGUGGCUAUAGAAAGUGAGGGCAAGAGUACAGCCCUUUAUUUCAUUUACUAUUGUACUGUAUUAAUACACAGUUUACAAACCCAUUCCAACUUUAACUGACUGCGCUUACUGUACAGUAGUUGUGUGCAGUUUUCCUGUGCAGUGAAGCAUUAUUAGUUAUAAAAGUGUUACAUCCAACCUGAUAUCAAUCUGAUGUCAUUGUAGUGAUGGUACUAUGUUUUCAGACCUCAGCUAUUAGUUUGUGCUAGGACUUUGUCAAAAAAUAAUUUUCAGAGCAACCCACCUGAUCCUACAGUAUGUCAUAGAAUUGAUGUUGCUCCAUUCUUUAAUGAUGCCUCACAGUGAAUUCUGAAUUUGAACAGGUCAGUUUUACCUGCAUACAGCAACUGUCAUUUAGCAAAAUAAACACAGUGGUUUAGAUUAGUAUGCGGUGGUAAAUUAAAGGUAAAUCAAACUCACCCACUGUCACCGAAUUGCCUGUUUUAAUUGUCAACCUUUUGAUGUCUGCUGUCCUCACUCACCUUUUAUCAAAACGUUUUCAGUCACAGCUCAGUGCAGGUCAGGUGUACAAGAGGUGGGUUGGAGGGUCAAAGUUGAGUAUCACUGCUUUAGAGGGUCGCAGGGGGACUGAAGCUGAUCCCAGCUGACCAUUGGGCGAAAGGCAGGGUAUAACUUGAACAUGUCAAUUUAGUGUCAGCAAUUAACCCGCGGAACAUUUGAGAACAUGCAAACUCCACGCCUCAGCCAGGCAGCAUGUUAAAACCCAGAACCUUUUGAUGUGAGGCGAGUAUGACGAAAACUAGACCCAAUUUGUAAUAAGCCAGAAUUAUCCCUUUAAUGAUAUUCAUGGACAGAUUAUUGUGUUGUAUUUCAAAUAACUGACAAAGGUGUCCUCCAUGUCCCAUUUAGUGUCUACUGGCUAGCAGUGAUUAAUGUUGAACAAUUAGAGGCUUUCCACACAUCGAGGAAACUCAAAGAAUUGAUUACUAAAGCUUAAGAACUGGAGUAGCGUACUCAGCACAGCCACAGGUUCAGUCCAUACUUGCUAUGAAAGUCUGGAAUAAGAGAAAAGAAUCUUUUGGUAAGUGAUGAUUGAGCUAUGUUGUUGCCUGUGAUCAGUGUGUGAAUGAUUUUAUGAAGGUAUUCAUGAAUAGUAGAUAUGACUUUCAAAGAAUGGUCUCAGAGCCAAAUAUAUUAGAAAAUGUCUCCAAACAUCAACAGCCACCUCUGUCGCUCUAGUGUUUUGUAGUGUCAUCAGUGUGUCAUCUUCCUGCCAACAUCCAAACUUUUAUUUCACUUCAAACAUACAAAAGCUGUCUGUCAGUCAUGAUCUUUUUGUGUCUUUAAUUAAAAAAACAAAUUGCACUGAUGCUGUAUUAAUUUUACUAUUUUAAAAUACAUAGUUGUCUUAGUUAGUCUGAACUCUCCCCUUUAUCAAAUGAGUGUUGAUGUAGGUGACCUGACCCCAGCCCCUUCGGGCAUUUAGUGCCAGUGGACUUAUUGAAUAGCAGAAAAAAAAUAGAGCUAGGCACCAACUUUGUCACAAUAGAGCUGUUAUUUUUUAUGUGUAUUUGUUGUGAUGAUGAUGUUAUUGUGACCCACUAUGCUGUAUUGUAACACAGUAUUGUCGUGGUGCUCUAGUGGUAAAUAAAUUAUUUAAGUUUCAAGGAA